AAAUUCACACAGCUCCUUGAUCCAUACUUAACUUAUUAAGACCGGUCCUGAAGCUUCUCCCUCUGCUGUGACUUCAAGUUCGAGGCCGCGCCCUCGCCUUCCCGUCUUCGUCUUCCCUGUCCAACUUCCACCAUGCGUGAGAUCGUCCACAUUCAGGGUGGCCAGUGCGGCAACCAGAUUGGUGCCAAGUUCUGGGAGGUCGUCUCUGACGAGCACGGCAUCGACCCCACCGGCACCUACCAUGGUGACUCCGACCUUCAGCUGGAGCGCAUCAACGUUUACUUCAACGAGGCAACCGGCGGUCGCUAUGUUCCCCGCGCCAUCCUUAUGGACUUGGAGCCCGGCACCAUGGACUCGGUGCGCUCUGGUCCUUAUGGCCAGAUUUUCCGCCCUGAUAACUUCGUCUUCGGCCAGACCGGCGCCGGCAACAACUGGGCUAAGGGCCACUACACUGAGGGUGCUGAGCUCAUCGACUCCGUCCUCGAUGUUGUCCGCAAGGAGGCAGAGAGCUGCGACUGCCUGCAGGGUUUCCAGGUGUGCCACUCCCUUGGUGGUGGCACUGGCUCCGGCAUGGGCACCCUCCUCAUCUCCAAGAUCCGUGAGGAGUACCCCGACCGCAUGAUGCUUACGUUCUCUGUCGUGCCGUCGCCCAAGGUGUCCGACACUGUCGUCGAGCCCUACAACGCCACCCUCUCCGUCCACCAGCUGGUUGAGAACGCCGAUGAGUGCAUGGUCCUCGAUAACGAGGCUCUGUACGAUAUCUGCUUCCGCACCCUGAAGCUGACCACCCCCACCUUCGGUGACCUCAACCAUCUGAUCUCCGCCGUCAUGUCGGGCAUCACGUGCUGCCUGCGUUUCCCCGGCCAACUGAACGCUGAUCUGCGCAAGCUCGCCGUCAACCUCAUCCCCUUCCCCCGCCUCCACUUCUUCAUGGUCGGCUUCACCCCCCUAACCAGCCGUGGCAGCCAGCAGUACCGCGCCCUGACUGUGCCUGAGCUGACCCAGCAGAUGUGGGAUGCUAAGAACAUGAUGUGCGCCGCCGACCCCCGCCACGGUCGCUACCUGACCGCCUCUGCCCUCUUCCGCGGUCGCAUGAGCACCAAGGAGGUUGACGAGCAGAUGCUCAACGUGCAGAACAAGAACUCGUCCUACUUCGUCGAGUGGAUUCCCAACAACGUCAAGUCGUCGGUUUGCGACAUCCCUCCCAAGGGCCUCAAGAUGUCGGCUACCUUCAUCGGCAACUCUACGGCCAUCCAGGAGAUGUUCAAGCGUGUGUCGGAGCAGUUCACUGCUAUGUUCCGCCGCAAGGCUUUCCUCCACUGGUACACCGGUGAGGGCAUGGACGAGAUGGAGUUCACUGAGGCCGAGUCCAACAUGAACGAUCUGGUCUCCGAGUACCAGCAGUACCAGGACGCCUCCGCUGAGGAGGAGGGCGAGUUCGAGGGCGAGGAGGAGGAGGGCAACUAGAUGGCUAGUUAGGUUUUUGCGGGAAGGCUUGGUGGAUCUCGUUCGGGUAACGGGAUAGUUGCUGUCCUUGUAGCAUUCUUUUCUUUGGUGCGCUGUACGCAAUGCAGUGUAGCAGCCUUUGCUGGUAUGGCUUUUUGCGGGCAUAGAAUGAACGCGUGUAUUGAAUGGUUUCGCACAUAUUGACGCGCAGGCGCGCCCUACACCCCUGCAUAUGACUGCACGGAUGGGCGGUUACAGAGGGUUUUGACGUUUUACCGAUUGCGUGCUCGUGACAUGAACAUACUCGGACCGGUCUCAACAUUGUUUCCUUGAAGGAGUUGGGCCUUCAAAUGCCUUUGGCGCGUACAUACCCAACCCAAUGCUAGGAUGACAAUUUACGUAUUACAGGAUUGUUGCCAUGCUCAUGUCUUAACGUUGAGUUUGGCGUGUCAGGCGGAAGGGGCAUAUGCCCUAAACGUAAAUAUGCGACUCGAUGAUGAUGGACAUGAGGC